GAUGGGGCGACAGGAAGCGCGAAAGAAAGUCGAUUAACAAGUUUCUCCGUGUGCUGUGUCUCCUUUUCCUUUUUUUUUUUCUUUCGUUUCCCUGCACUCGACGCUUAUCAUACGCACACCCGGUGAUGCAGCGCGCUAAUUCAUCCGCGGACGAGCCUUCGGGAGAUGUUGGAUUUCAGCUCUCCGGGCCUGAUCGAGGAACAAGAGGAGGUGGAGGAUUCAUCGUUUCAAGUGUACCACCCGCCGAGGCACUGUAAGAAAAUAAUCCCAGCCGUCACGGACUCCGAAUCGAGGACAAUAUCAGGAAGGUGACCGUCGAGUCUUGAGCUACAUCGCGGUACGGUCCACUUAGCGUCGAUCGAUCGCUCGAGCACCAGGAAGGAUGUCGUGUUGCGAGAAUUACGGGGCCGGGUUCCGGCUGGCGACGGCCUCGGAGUGCUCCCUACGCAGCAACAGCAAGGCGCGCAUCGACGCCCUCUUCGGGGACUCGCGCUCCGUAUGCUCGAGCAGUUGGACCGCGGUGCAGGGCGCGAUGGUCGAGACGGGUGCCCUCGGGGUGUGCUGCGGCUCGCCGGACGACGACCAACAGCGGAGGGUCAACAGCGCCGUUCAGGCGCGCAUCGAGGCCAUGUUCGCGUCAGUCGAGGCCGAGAGCGCGGCACCAGGCGAGUGCGCGGCUGCCCUUCUGCCGGUAAAGUACUUGGGCGCGGCGCCCGUAGGCGGUCGCGUGGCAUCCGUGCGCGGACUCCAGGAGCCGCUGCGUCAGCUCUUGGAGCACAUCCAGGAUGCGGUAGGCGCGGAGCUCGAGGUCUCCCGGCGCGGACUCACCUACCGCACGAGCGAGCUCCACGAGAAGAACAAUCCGUUUCGGCGCAUCGCCGUCUGGAGUGCCCUCAAGCUCCAGGCCCGGAGACGCCACGGCUCCGACCCUCAGGACGUGGUGCACGCGUUCGUGCCGCUGGUCGCGGACGAUCGGGCCUACGAUCCGGGCAACAGCGAGGACCGGCACGCCGAGCUCUUCCGCUCGAUGCGAGGCAUCCCCAGGGACACCGACGACUACCCGCCGAUCUUUGCGGUGGUCAUGCGCCGGCCGGGCGCCGCCCGGCUACUCGAGUGCCACGCGUUCGCCUGCCGCUGCGACGAGGACGCGAUCGCCGCGGCGGCCACCCUGUACCGGGCUCUACUCGCCGACCUCGACGCCACCGCCAGGAGGCCCAGGCUGCAGCGCAACGGGCUGGGCUGCGCCAGCCUCGCCUCGGUCGUCUCCAGCGCCAUCACCAGGGAACUGAGUCCCACCGGCAGCCGGUGCUGCUUCGAGGAGAACGAAUCCCUGCCCCCCCUCCCGCCGGUGAGACCACCCCGGCUGAAGAAGAUCGGCUCGGCGAGCAGCGGCAGCAUCGCCAACACCGAGGACAACCGGAGCUGCUCGUCCAUCCGCGCGAUGAUCAGCGCGGACAAGCUGGCGCAGCGCAAGAAGAAGAAAAAGGGCUCGGACGCGCUGGACGAGGAGGACGUCCUCGAGGCUCGCGGUCGGCGGCUCUGCCCCGGCGAUCCCGGGGUGUUUGCCGGCGCGGGACCGGACAACCGCUCGAGUUCCGGGUCCUCGCGUCUAGAGCAGGCUAGCGUGGAAAAGCGAAUGAACGCGAAAAACCGGGUGUACGGGUCAAGCGGCAGCAGCUGCCAGGAGGCGGUCUCGGGUGGGCUCCAGGUGAUCGAGAGCAUCUACGACGGCCGGCAGUCCCGGGCGGGCAACGACAAGUCCUCGAGCGGCUCCUACGACUUUGAGUGCUGCACCGAGAACUCGCUCUACGAGAGCAGCCGCAUCUACGCCAAGGCUUGCUCAAUCGGCCAGAAGGUUGAGGGCGAUAGGAGGUCCUGCGAGGGAAGCAGUCGAGCGCCGAGCAGCUCCACGACGACGGGCUCCUCCUCCGGAAGGGCGCAGCGCCGGACCAACGAGCCCGUCCACGCGGAACAGAGACGUCGGGGCCUGGCCGGUGGCUCGGCUCGGUACCGCGAGCACUUUCGCGACGUCGACGAAAUCCGGAACCUCGACCCGCCCUACGGCAGUAGCAGGCAAGUGUCCAGAGCAUCCGGGCAUCAGCCAUCGGAGCGCUCAACCCGUAGGUUGACGCGCGUCGACACGAUGGAUCGGCCGUUGCGCCAACAGCAGGUAACGUCGAGGCGCCGUAGCAGGGCCGGCAGCGAGCCUCCGACCACGAGAACCGAGGCAGCGGCGGCUGCGGCGGCGACAGCGGCAGCGCUCAAGCGCUCGCAAAGCGACGUGGAUCUGGACAGGGGGGAUCUACUCACGAGGGUCGAGUUGCCCAGGCGGAGUAGCUUCCUCAACAAGCCGGGCAGCGUGCGCAAGAGGGAGGGCUCCGAGGGCGGAGGGGCCGGCACCCCGCUCGGCUUUACCGAGCUCUUCGACGAGUUUCGCAACCAAGAAGGCCUCACGAGCGUCGACGACAUCCUGGCUGCCAUCAUAGAUCCCGAGGGCAUGUCGUUCAACGAGCUGAAGCCCCUCUACAAGGAGUUCCUUCUGAAACUAGCGGCAACCCUGACCCAGGACGAGCUCUACCAGCGCUCGGCGAGCAUAAUGCGCCGCCGGCGUCGGCCUCAGAGGCGCAGGUCCAGCCGUGGCCUCCUCCGCAGGGCGAUCAAGCGCUCGGUGUCGCGGCUUCGCAGCGGCAGCAGUGGCCCCACCGAGUUCCACUCCGUCAUAUUUCCAGCUCGCAAGCUCAACGAGCGCAGCAGCUUCGGCAGCUCAUCGUCCUGCGACGUGGUGAGGGUCGGUGCUACUCCCGUGCCGACUGGGAAACACGACCCGGCCAAGAGCAGGCUCGGCCAGACCACCUCCGAGGACAGCGACACCUGCAGGCGGGCUGAGCGGGGCCUGGUCGUAGCUGCGAACCGCAGCAGCAGCGGCUACGUCAGUUGCAGCGAGUGCAGCUACGACUCGGAAUCUUGCACGUGCAUCUCGGCUGACAAGUGCUACUGCUCGUUAUCCCGCAGACCGGCCCAGCCGGAGGCCCCGGCGCUCAUCGUCUGCUCCUGCGACACCGACAGCUGCUCCGAGAGCAACAAGUGUUACUGCGCGCGCAAGCCCAACGCGCAGCAGCCCAGCAUCCUCGAGCAGCUGCGCCAGAAGGGCAUCGUGCCCUCCGAGAGCACCCUCAGCCGGGACGACAGCCCCGACAGGUCGCGACGCAGUGCCCGGGCCAGCAGGAGCCACCUCGCCACCUCCAAGAGCCUCGAGUACCUCAAGGUGCACUCGCCACGGGGCAGCGCGGAUAACUUGGCGCUUGACUACGACCUCUUCCGGCCUGGCGCCCGGCGAUCCUCGCAGUGCUCGUCCGGAAGCGAAAAGGUGCUGGUGGUCAGUGCCCGCGAUCCCCAGGGUCGGCUGAUCUACGUGGGUGGCACGGAGCGCCCCGGCAUUAGGGAUGGUAAGCGCUCGUCGCGCCAUGGGCAGGCUGGGAGGCACAGGCGCGGUUCGGCUGCAGCGGCUGGGCACCACGAGGCCCUCUCGAUCAAGAAGAGCGCCGAGAUAGCGGCGGUGUUCGGAGCAGGGCCUCUCGCCAGGCUUGGCAGGAAAACUAGCAGCGCUUCGAGCCUCAGGAGUUCGGUUAGCCUCGAGGCCGGCUUGGGGUACUUGCCUUGAUGCCCGGCUCAAUGA